AGCGCGCACACAUUCUAAGCUCAACCGCCACUCGUGACUAGCGUAGCAUGAAGUGGCUUGGAACGCGAGCCUUUCACGACUUGGUGACUGUCGAUCGAGCAUCGCGGACUCCCUAUAGACUCCCUUUCCCCUCGGCUGCCAAGGUCAGGCUAGACCUCGUCUGGGACUCUACCGUUGAGCUCGAAUCGCCGCCAAUUCCAGCUCUAGGGGCAUCGCAAAGGGUGCGUCCGACUAGCCCGAACAUGGCCUACAGGCCCACCAAGGCAAAUGCUACGUUCCACAACGCUUCGAGUCGAUGUGGCAUGGCGCGGGGGCUGUCCAUCACGAGCAAUUAGGAGGUAAUUGUAAUUCACACUGUAUGUUCGAGGCAAGAAGCCUAGCCCCCAAAAGAACCUUAAUAGGGGCGCAUCGCAGCGCUUUGAAAAGAGA